AGAAAAAAUUAACAAAUGCCUGAUAAUAAUAGUGAAGUUGUUCUUUAUUCCAUAUUCCCCCUCGUAUUAUUGAUCAUCUUUCUCAAGUUCUUGAAACCAAACAAACAGAAUCUUCCACCAUCUCCGCCAGGAUGGUUGCCAGUGAUAGGCCAGUUACGCCUCCUGAAACCGCCCAUCCACCGCACCCUCCGCUCCCUCUCCGAGUCCCUCCACGGCGGCGGAGGCGGCGUGAUGUCACUCCGACUUGGAUCCCGCCUAGUAUACGUAGUGUCUUCACAUAGGAUCGCAGCCGAGGAGUGCUUCGGGAAGAAUGACGUCAUUCUAGCUAACCGGCCUCAGGUGAUCAUCGGAAAACACGUUGGGUACAACGACACAAACAUAAUCGCCGCACCUUACGGUGAUCACUGGCGCAACCUCCGGCGCCUCUGCACCAUUGAGAUCUUCUCCACCCACCGCUUAAACUGCUUCCUUUCUGUUCGUACCGACGAAGUACGCCGUCUCAUAAGCCGCCUCUUCCGUAGCGCAGGAACUGAAAAAACGGUUGUGGAAAUGAAACCAAUGCUAAUGGACUUGACGUUCAACAACAUAAUGAGAAUGAUGACAGGAAAACGAUACUACGGCGAAGAAACAACGGAUGAGGAAGAAGCAAAACGUGUCCGUAAGUUAGUGGCAGAUGUCGGAGCCAACACGAGUUCGGGCAACGCCGUUGACUAUGUUCCGAUCUUGAGAUUUUUCUCAAACUAUGAGAAAAGGGUAAAAGAAUUAGGGAAAAAUACAGAUAAGUUUUUACAAGGCCUUAUUGACGAUAAACGUGAGCAACAAGGAACCGGUAAUACGAUGAUCGAUCAUUUGCUUGUUCUCCAAAAAUCUGAUACUGAGUAUUACACCGAUCAAAUCAUCAAGGGCAUCAUACUGGUUAUGGUAAUAGCAGGGACUAACACAUCAGCUGUUACUCUAGAAUGGGCACUUUCAAAUUUGCUUAACCAUCCAGACGUAAUACUUAAAGCGAGAACCGAAAUCGACAAACAAGUUGGUUUAGACCGGCUUGUUGAAGAAUCAGAUCUCAGCGAGCUACCAUAUCUCAAGAACAUCGUCCUCGAGACACUCAGGCUACACCCGGCUACACCAUUGUUGGUUCCACACAUGGCAUCAGAAGAUUGCAAGGUGGGGUCCUACGAUAUGCCAUGUAACACAACGUUGUUGGUGAAUGCGUGGGCCAUACAUAGGGAUCCAAACUUGUGGAAUGAUCCGGAUUGCUUUAAACCAGAGCGGUUCGAGAAAGAAGAGGAAGCACAAAAGCUUCUGGCGUUUGGAUUAGGAAGAAGGGCGUGUCCUGGAUCGGGUUUGGCCCAGCGAAUCUUAGGGCUUGCUCUCGGGUCAUUGAUACAAUGCUUUGAGUGGGAGAGAGUUGGAGAAGAGGAAGUGGAUAUGAAGGAAGGUACUGGCAAUACAGUACCCAAAGCAGUUCCGUUGCAAGCCGUUUGCAAGGCUCGUCCAUUUCUACAUAAGAUUCUCUCACAAAGUUUUUAGGUACGAAUAAAAGAUGUUUGACAGACAUGUUACAAUAUGUGCAAAGCUAUGAUUCUCUCUAAAUGUAUUAACCUGAAAAGUGUAUAAUUUUGUUUUGAAUGAAUGUUAUAUUUAUUCAACAAUGAAAUGUUUGUUCAAAUGUGUGCAUUGUGUAACUUUGUUGCCAAAACUAAAAUAAAAAAUAAACGAGGGAAUAUAAUUUAAG